AUGUGCCCAUAUAUUUUAGCCACUGCUGCAAGGGCACAGGGUUCUACAGGGCUUCUAUACCUCUGGGAAGUAGCCCCUCAACCACUCUGGUUCACGGAUACUGUUGCCAACCGGAGGAAGCUGAGUGAAUUGCCAUUUCACUUACUCAAUGCAGGACGAACUGAGGAGCUAAAACAGGAUGUGCUGGGGAAUAUGAACUGGAUCAGCUACAAAAUAAUUGUCUCUGGAAUACAGAGUGUUGUUGAUGACUUUGUCAUGUGCACUGAACAGAUCGACUGUCAAUUACGUCUUGUGCAGAACACACUUCUCCUUUUGAAACCAGCAGUCAGCAGUAUAGACAGCCUUGAGGGUAAAAGACUGAGUAUACUAUACACAGAAGUGCUGGCCAGGCUUCUUUUUCUCGUGCCUUCUUACCCUGACAUAAUUGGGAAGCUGUGCUAGCAGUGUCUGAGCUGGUUCAGUGUCUGUCCCUAUCCUGUUCUUAUUCCAUUGUGUGGAUUUCUUCAGCCACCUGGUGGGCCCCUGAACACAACGCUCACUGGAUUCCUCAAAGGUGUCACAGCAAUGGCACUUAGUUCUGAUUACAGGCUGCUGGGGGCAGGUUCCCAGGAUGGCUCAAUGCUUGUCUGGAAUAUGGAAGCUACUGAGAUGCUCCAUGCCCUGCCUGGGCAAUCUGCUGAGGUGAGGUGUGUGAAAGUGUUUGGAAAAGGAACUUGUGCUGUUUCAGCUGCCAUGGAUCACAGCCUGCGCAUCUGGAAUCUGACCACUGGCAGAGCUAAGUUUGUUGUCCAGGAUACUCAUUUUGAGGAGCAGCCCUCACAUUGCCUUCAUGUAGAUGAGACGCAGAUGAUUGUAUAUUCUUCCUCAGAUACAAAGGUUAAUGCUUGGCACUUGGAGACAGCAGAACUCAUUUUCCAGAUUUCCGGAGAGGUGACAGAUGCAUGGAUGUGUUCUGCAGUAUUCAGCCCAAGGCUGGUGAUUAUGACUGUGUCUGAAGGAGGGACAUUGAGUCUGUGGAACAGCAACACAGGCGAGCUGCAAUCCAAAUGCCAGCUAUCAGGCCUGCAGGAAGAAAUACCAACUGCUAGCGUUCCCAUCCAGAAGCAAGGGAAGAUGAUAGUGGGAUUUAGUGGGGGAUCUCUAUCCACGAUCUCUUCUGAUGGAAACAGUCUGCUAGAGAAGCUUCCUGGAAGGGUUUCCUUUGUGGUGGUGUCAGAAGAUGAGUCCAUUCUUGCUGCAGGCUUUGGGGAAUAUGUGCGAGUGUUUCUGGCUGACUUAAAGGGAUUCCACAGGUUCCUAGCAGCAGAUCUGGAACAUGAAGGAAUGGUUCAUACAGCUGUUAUAUCUCCUGAAAACAGCCUCAUUGUUACUGGUUCUCAAACUGCAUCCAUUAAGGUGUGGAGUCUAACAGAGCAGGGUUUGCUGACUGACAGGCUGGAUGCCAUGGGAGUACCAGUAACACUCCUAGCCCUGGGUGACUGCACUUUGGUCUCUGCUUCCCACAACGCACCAUAUCUAACAGUGUGGAACCUCAUUUACAACCAGCAGCAGAAAACUCGGGCACUUGUUCCAGAUACAGGCUGCACUGCACUGUCGCAUGGUGGGAACUAUGUCUAUUUUACCCAGCCUGAAGACAGACAAAAAAUCAUCGUCUAGGACACCAUAGAAGGUUCAGUGUGCGACACAUUGGACACCUCUGCCCAAGUGAGAUGCCUGGAAACAGCUGAGCAAAACCAGCUCCUUUUCACUGGACUUGUGUCUAGAACAGUCUUUGUCUUUCCACUGAAUUCCAGGCAGGAUGUAGCAUGUAUCCCACCUCCAGAGUCACGUAAACCAGUCAAUGAUAUGUCAAUCAACAAGGAGGAAAAGCAGCUGGCCAUAGCAUAUGAUGAUUUAGUCCUUGUGCUGGAUAUUAUCCCUGCAGAUCCAUGCCCAGUGAUCAACAGGCCCACCUACACAUUUUACACCCACAUCCCUGGCUCCCUGAUUUCCAGUGUGGCUGUCCUUGCAGACUACAGAGUCCUCUACGGCAUGACUAGUGGGGACUUAUUCCUUUAUGACUGCCCUCAAUCCACAGUGUUUCCUUUGGAAGCUCACAGAAGCCAGAUCUCCUGUUUGGAAAGCAGCCACGGAGAGCAGUGGGCACUCAGUGGAUCUGAGGUCCUGCAAUGUCUCUGGAACUUGGAGUCUUGUCAGCAGGAAUACGAGAUGUGCUAUUAUAAGCCUACAUCUCUCCUGAAAGGCAUUUGCUGUGCUUGUUUCUCAAAAGAUGAUAAGUACUUGUACACUGGAGCACUGGAUCAGUCUAUUACAGUCUGGGAUGUUGCAAGUGGUGCCUUACUAGCUGUACAAUGGGUAUACACAACUGCAAGCAGAAUGGCACCAACCGCAGACGGGUUUGUUGCAACAACAAAACUUGGCUAUAUCAUUCAUGAGUGGUUUCGCUGUCCUGUGACCACAUCUCCUCAGUAUAACCCACUCCAGAACAACGUGGCAACGUGUACAGUAAAAUCCAGAAAGAAAAAAAGGGGAAAACUUGAACAAGCAGCAGUAUAA